AUGUGAACACUUUUUCACAAAGGCUGAAAUUCAAGAUGGAUGCUAAGUAACUCGACUGAACUCGAAAUAUCGAUGUGUAACGAUACAUAUAUAUAUAUAUACAUAUGUACAUAUAUAUAUAUAUAUACACUACCCAUACACAUAUUUAUAUAUUUUAUAUAUAAUAUAUAUAUACGUACAUAUAUAUAAGGAUAUACAUGAAUGUACAUGCACUCCCUAGCAUGUAACUUUUCUAAGGUUUUCAUCUUUCCGAAAACUUAUUAAUGAGUUUAAAAAUAAACCAAUGUAACAUAUUAUAUUACAUGAACUAUGUAAACGAAAACGUAACGAAAUAAAUGUUUACAUUUUUGAACACGUACUCAAAAUGUUAAUAAGGUUAAACGUCGACGUGUCAGUAAGAUAGUUAUUUGAAUUUUUUCAUACUGGCUUGUCACAUAAUGCUAGCACACAGUUAUUGAACAUUUUCUAUUUCCAAAUAUUUUAAAACAAUUUUAGAAAUUAAAGUAGCAAACAACAUAAGGAUCACAAAAAAGUGUUAUAGUAUUUAGGUAACAUUUACGUAUUUUAACUUUUGUGAAUAAUGUCAUGGAUAAGAGAGAGUACUUUUACAUGGUUUCAAUUUUUGGCUACACAAGUUUUAAAAGCUGGACAUAUUCCUAAACAUGUAGCAUUUAUAAUGGAUGGUAACAGACGUUAUGCGACUAAAAAUGGAAUGCAAAAAAUACAAGGACAUUCAAAAGGAUUUGACAAAUUUGCUGAAACUCUACAAUGGUGUAGAGAACUUGGAAUAGAAGAAGUAACAUUUUAUGCCUUUAGUAUUGAAAAUUUUAAACGAAAACAAGAAGAGGUAAAUGGUCUAUUCAAUCUUGCAGAGCAAAAAUUUCAAAAACUACUGGAUGAAAAAAACACAGCAAGAAAACAUGGUUUAUGUGUUCGCAUAAUUGGUAACUUGUUAUUGUUACCUGAAAGUAUACAAAAGUUAAUAGCAGAAGCUAUGAUAUUCACCAAAGACCAUAAUAAAGCAUUUCUUAACAUUGCAUUUGCUUACACAUCAAGAGAUGAAAUUACAAAUUCAAUUAAAGAUGUAAUUAAAGGUGUUGAGGGUGGUGAUAUUCUUCUAGAAGACAUCGAUGAACAUCUAAUUUCCAAUUGUUUGUACACAAAUAAUUCACAGAAUCCUGAUUUAUUAAUUCGUACUUCUGGUGAAGUUAGAUUUAGCGAUUUCCUUAUGUGGCAAAUAUCGAAUACAUGCAUUUAUUUUAGUAAUAUACUGUGGCCUGAAUUUAAUGUUUGGGACUUUCUUAAUGCUAUAUUUUAUUACCAAAGAUGCUAUUCUGACAUACAAAAGAUAAUGAAAAUACAGAAUGUGAAACCUGCUAUAAAAAAUGGCAGACAAUCAGCAUACAUAGAUAAGUUACGCAAUGAAAGGCAAAUGUUACUCGAAACAAUAUACCCUUCAAAUAUGUAAAUAUAAUGUGCUAAAUGUACAUUCAGAUAAAAAUGAUUGUAAUAUUCAAAUCUACAUAAAUAUAGGGAGUGUAUAUUUGUGUAAACACAAUAUGUUCCUUUAUAGAAAUAUUUAUUGUGUAUAUACUUUAAAACUAUUUUCAAAAUAUAGAUUUUUUCAAGUUUGCUAAAUUGUACGAAAUUGUUAAAAUGUGUAUAAAUGUGUAACAAAUUUGUAAAGAUCUGUUAUAUUCUUAUAAUGAAAUUUAUUAUACAUAUAUAUAUAUAUUUUUGUGCUGUGUGAAUUUCUUCAGGAAAUGGGUACUAUACAUGUAAGAUAAAAACUCCAAAUGAAA